AUGUUCAAGCAUGACCUCGAGGUCAUCGAUGCCCUUCGUCGCGAUGCAGUCAACGUUCGAGAACCGCAUCCUAGCGGGAUUAAGAAGCUACAGGCAUAUGCGGGUCAGCUUGUUUGGGUUGGAGGGAAGUUUCCGAUAGAUAUUGGUGCCGAGUUCUCUUGGUAUCCCGCUCUUGGAUAUAACACCGAUCGACCUAUGGUGCGGAACAACUUGAAGUACGAGCUCAUGAACAUCCUUUACAACCUCGCCUCUCUUUACUCCCAGCUUGCGAUUCAUACACCACGAGGCAACACCGAAGGUCUCAAGUCCGCAGCCAACUACUUCUCUCUCGCCGCCGGCGUUCUUACACACAUGCAAAAAGAGGUCCUCCCCGAACUACGAAUGUCCGAUCCGCCCGAAGACAUGGAUCAUGAUACCCUCGAGUCCCUAAGCCAACUACUCCUCGCCCAAAGCCAAGAGUGCUUCUGGCAGAAAGCCGUUAUGGACGGCUACAAAGAUGCAUCGAUUGCCAAGCUUGCCGCUCGCGUGUCCGAUCUGUACCAAUUUGCUGGAGACGCUGCUGUGAAGAGCGAUACUAUCAGCAGUGCGUGGAUCCACCAUAUGAGCGCCAAGCACCAUCACUUUGCUGCGGCUGCGCAAUACCGAGCAGCGUGCGAUUGUCUUGAGAAGAGAAAAUACGGCGAGGAGGUUGCGCGAUUGAAAGAUGCUGUUACUUGUGCGACUGAUGGUCUUAAGGAGGCUCGCAGUGGGUAUCUUGGCAAAGUUGUGGUUGAUGAUUUGAAUGGGUUGAAACGAAAGGUUGAGGAGGAUUUGAAGCGAGCCGAGAAGGAUAAUGACGUUAUUUACCUGAUCGCUGUGCCGCCCAAAUCGGAGCUCAAGAUCCUCGAUCGUGCAAAUAUGGCUGUUGCUCGAGUGCCUCCUCAAAUUGGAAACCCUUACGAGUACUUUGGCGACCGCGCCGAGUUUGGACCAGCCCUUUUCUCUCGCCUCGUUCCUUUCUCCGUACACGUUGCGACUUCCAUUUACGAAGAAAGACGAGACCGUAUGGUCAGCCAGAAUAUUAUUCAAGAGCUGGAAUCACUUACGGAAAAGAUUCACGAAGUUUUAGCGUCGCUUGGAUUGCCUGGAUCACUACAAGCUCUUGAGAAGCCUCUGGGUCUACCACCCAGCUUAGUUCAGCAUGCCGAGGAAAUUCGUCAAGCAGACGCUAUCAACAGAGUGCAUAAAAGCUUUGCCGAUAUCGAUAAACUACGAUCGGGGGAUAUGGCUAUUUUUGAAGAGGGUAAAGCCGCUUUAGCAGCGGAAGAAGAAGAGGAUCAAAGAUUACGGAUGAGAUAUGGCACAGACCGAUGGGUGCGACCUGAGAGCCGACAGGAUCCUCAAGGUGAAAAGCUUUGGCAGCAUGCUACCGAAAUUGAUAGCUACUUCCAGAGCAGUUUUAGCAGUGAUGCUCUGGUAAGAGAGAAGUUCGGCGCUGUUCAGGAUCUGCUUGCUAUUCUGUCAGGGUCUGAUCGAGACCUAAUGGACUCUGUGCCAUCCAGUCGACGAGUUGAUAUCCCCGAGACAUUGAAGCCAGCCAUAGGAAGACUCCGAAGCGCAUAUAAUGACGUUUUGCGUCUUGAGAGUCGUCGUCGCAAGAAGGUUGAGGCUCUGCGAGAGAACGCUCGUAGGGAUGACAUCAAGCCUGAUAUUCUCAAGGAAGCAGCUCGAUUAGAACGAACAUACCCUAACACGGCACUCGUUCCGGCGCACUUUGAAGAGUUCUUUGACAAGCGUCUAGACAAGUUAUACGAGCCCGAGGUUGAAGCGAUUGAGAAGGAAGCGCAAGACCAAGACCGUCUUCUGCAAGAUGUCCAACGGGUUAACCGCGAAUUCGAAGCGCAGAAACGACAAAUGGGCGAGCGAGGAAACCGAGAGCGUGAGAUGGCGUUGCAGAAGUUAGAUACCGCCUACUUUAAGUAUAAGGAGAUCAUCAACAAUCUGGAGGUCGGAAGGAAGUUCUACAAUGAUCUGAAUAAGAUUGUUGGACAAGGCUUCCGCGAUGUAAUUCGCAAUUGGGUUGCCCAGCGCCGCAUGGAGGCAAGGGCCUUGGAAGAGGAGAUUAGCAUGCCUACGUUGUCGAAUCUCAGCAUUUCUCACCAACAGGCGCAAGCUCAAGCUCAAGCCCAGGCCCAGGCACAAGCCCAGGCUCAGGCGCAAGCACAGCAAGCCCAGGCGCAAAGCCCAAUGCCUUCUCACCAGGAACCCUCACAUUCCUUUGCUCCACCGCAGCAACCCCCCCAACCCGUACAGAGCCCAGCACAGGCAAACAUUCAGUCUUGGGGGGAGACAGUACAGCAACCUAAACCAGUACAACCUCAGCAAGCAGCUCCUAUGGGCGCAAUGUGGAAUCCUGGCAUGGGUAUCAAGUUUGGUCAAUCAUCGGGUGGUUCCGGUCAACCUCCCCCUCCUGGAACGUGGAACCCCAACGCUGGAAUCAAGUUUGGUUAA